AGCUCCCCUCUGCUCUGUAGCAGACGACGAUGUUUCUCUGACGGAUGUUUCACAGGAAAGAUUGAGAACUGGCUCCUGGGUUGUGGGUCAGAGGCCCGCUCAGAAAACACCGGUCAGCUGAGUUUUGAGUCUGUGCUGAAAGCCAACCACUUUGAUGAUGAGUUGAGUCUUGGUGCUGAUGCUUCUGUGUUGAAUGGUGGAGAAAUUAAGUCUGAAGCUGGCCUCUCCCGGCCUCCAUCGUCCAAACAAGGUCACAGCAGACUCACCAGUACCCCUCGCCAGGCACUAUGUCUGCCGUCACUGAACUUGGGCCACAGCAUGGCCUCCAGCUGCCUCUCCUCCUCCACCUGUAAAACUGCAUCCAGUAUAUCAGAGGUCCUGCAGUUGUGUUCAGAGGAUGCAGAGGAGACGCUGUAUGAGUUGGGUUUCGGUUGCGAUGAGCCACAGGUCACUGUUCGCAUCCCUCCUCGCUUCUUCACCUUCCCCUCUGUGGCUCAGGGUAUCAACUUCCGCCUCUUCCUGGACUCACAGCUACGGCGGAUACGAGAGGAAGACCCCAGCCUUUCUCUAGCUAGUCGUUUCAGACAAGUGCAAGUGCUCACAGCAAUGGCCAACGCUUUCUAUUCCCUCUACUCUCACGUGUCCCGCACUCCUCUACAGAAACUGGCUACACCUGAGUUUAACUUCUCAUCUCCCGUGGAGAGGAUCGAACGCUUCAGGAGCAGCGUCCGCAGCGAGCCACGUUCUCCAGUAGAGAGGCUGAAGGACACCGUCUCCAAGAUGUGUCUCUACACAGGCUCUCCUCGCGAGUCAGACUCCACCUCUCCGCAGCCCUCACCCAGGAAAAGGUCCAGCCUCCCCGAAGUUGUGGAUAUCGUACUGGAGAAAGCCAAGACAGGGGUGAACAAGAAACUAGAUUUGGAGGAAUGUAAUUCAGCUGUGGAUGUCAGGCUGGUCGCAGAUGGUGAUGAAUUCUGUGACAGCGGGAAAGAGGAGAAAACACAGCAGACCGUGGCGGACGCAGAAACUCUUCAAAAUGGAAAUAACAUCUGUCAUAAGGAGACGCAGGGUGGUAAACAAACAGAUAAUACAGCAGACCUUGACAGCAGGACUUACCCUGUAAGAACAUCUCUAGCAUCAUCAUUUUCAGGAGAAACGGUCAUAGAAACAGGUCAUCAGUUUCUUUUAUGUCAGCCAGAGCUGGACUCAACUAAAAGUGACACAAGGACUGCUCUAAAACCAGUUGCCAAGGUUACGUAUGAUCUAAUCUGUACGCAGAUAGUCGAGAGUGUACACCAGGCGCCUUUCUGCACACAUAGUCCAAAAACAAACACUUUACCUCCUAUCUCCUCAGAGACAGAACGCAUUGAUAGACCAUGUCCUGGAUCUCAUAAACAAACUACUGUCUCUGAGCCUGAUGAGGACUCACACACAGGUUCAUCCAGAUCACUUCCUGUCCUAGCCUCCAGUGGUAGCCUCGCCCAAUGCUGCAUCACUGUGACUGGCUGGGAGGGUGACAACCUCUCUUCCUGUUCCCUGAACACACCAGAUUCCAGUCAUACUUCAGCUGUCCUUCAUGUCCAGUCAUGUGAGGAGUCAUUUAACGAGGAAAAAAGGCAGUACCUGAAUCCAGUGACACAUCAGGGCCUGGGGCACAUCUCCAGUAACCUGCAACAGGGCAACUCCUUUGACCUAGAGGAGGUACACAGUGCAGGAGAGGAAGAUUUUGGACAAUCAGAUGCUACAAGAACAAAAUCCCUGUUGUUUAAAAAAAGUCUAUGCAAAGGUGAAGUGGUGCGGGGCGACAGCAUGCAGUCAGACAGCAGCGGCUACGCAGACGAAGAAGGCAGCUCCUCAUUUAACACACGCAGAUGACAGAAAACCAGGAACUCCAUUGUAAACAACGUUCUAAGUAGUGUUUUACUGCCUGUGGACCUUUUCCUGCACUGUGGAUUUGAAAAGCGCUUCCAAGUAAAGGCCGCCAGUCAAACAGGCCCAACAGAUUAAGAUGUCAUGGUACUGUAAGAGUCUUGGUCACAUGAGGACGUACACUGAAGCAGUAAUAAAGUUCCAGAUAUGCAAAGCACUCAGUUUCUCCUCAGUGCUCACACUGAAUACAGAAUAUUGUGAAUACGUAAACAUAAAACUGUUCAAAGGUCUUGAUGAAAU